ACUGUUGCCAAUCCCAUGGAAGAGAAUGUCCUACAACCUCAGUGUCUCAUGUCACCACCUCCAAAUCAAAGGGCUGGUCCACGGCUUAGGGAUUUAGCAUUUAAAAGCAUUGGAAAGAAACGCAAAGGAAGGGUUGCAAGGGAUAAAUUGAGGCGUACAAGAGCAAGCCCAAGACUAGAUCUUAAAUCCAUCCAGACACACAGUGUGAAAAAACAGGUUCAAAUCUCAAACCAGACUGAAGAGAAGACCCAGAGAGAAGGCACUCGAACGCAAGAACCAGAGCAUGAGCUGAAACAGGGGUCCAGAACAGGAAAGAAGCCACCUGUCAUUGCUCUGGAUCCUAAAGCCACCGCCUCCUCACCAAAAAAGACCAGCAAAAAGCUUGAAGCAGAGGAAGAUCCCAAACUUAAAAAAGACAAAUCUGAUAGCAAGGGCAAGUGUGGGGAAGGAAAACCUGUUGCUGCAUCAGUAGAGGAUGAUGAUGAAGGAGAAGAGGAGGAGGAGGAGGAGGAGGAGGAGGAAGAUGUUGUUAAUCGUAUUAUUGGUGCAUUAACUGAGGAAGAUGAAGAUGAUAAUGAUAUAGAAGGGUUGUUUAAAAGCGUUGAAAGAAAAUGCCCUUAUUGCCAAGAUCCGAUUCCAUAAUGGCAUCGGACUUGCUAAUCAUGUUAGAGGUCACCUGAACAGAGUAGGUGUCAGUUACAAUGUCAGGCACUUCAUCUCACCAGAAGAGGUCAAUGCCAUUGAGAAGAAAUUCUCCUACCAAAAGAAAAAGAAAAAAGUCGCCAACUUUGACCCAUCAACCUUCAGUGUAAUGAGAUGUGAGUUGUGCAGUGCUGGUUUUGACACCAGGGCUGGUCUCUCCAGUCAUGCUCGUGCCCAUCUCCGAGACUUUGGCA